AUGGUCUUUUUUCGGUGUUUUGAUUCAUUGGUUCUAAAGGUUUUUCCUUCAGCGAAGAAGUUUCGCUAUAAUGGAAUUAUGCUAGAACUUGAGGAAAAAUUAAAUAUUUUGUUUGGUAGCGUUGUUGCUAUUGGUGCUGAUUUAUGGGUCCCAAACUCAGGUGUAUUGCCUCCUGAACUCAAAGAUGUAGAAGAAGUUGCAUCUUCUGAAGAUGAACAACAAGAUGAUGAGGCAAAUACAAUACAUACGGACAACCAUGAUGAUCCUAUUAUAGGUGAUUCACAAAGAUCACAUAAAAGAAAAAGAAUUAGAACAACCAAAUCAGGUGGAAGACAAAUGUUCAUUGAUCAUAUUGAGGAGCUCGUAAGCGCUGCUAAAUCUAUUAGUUAUGCGCUAUCAUCAUCAACUGCUUCAAAGAAAUGUGUAACAAUUGCAGAUGCAUUAGAAGAAAUUUCUAAAGUACCUGAGAUAUUUGACGAUCCAGAGUUUUAUGACUUUGUUGUUUUCAAUCUCCUCAUCAGUCAUGCCAGCCAUAUUGUUGAACAAUUCUGUGAUGUUCUCACCCAUAUAAGAAUCUGGACCAUACCAGAUAUUAAAAUUGGGCACCUGUGCAAAGGCCUGAAAGAAGAGCUAAGGAUUUCACUCCGCCCCUCAUCUAGCAGCCCGUGGUACGGCCCAGACCGCGUCAAGUACUUGGGCCCAUUCUCUGGCGAGCCACCUUCCUACCUAACCGGCGAGUUCCCCGGCGAUUACGGCUGGGACACUGCCGGCUUGUCGGCCGACCCGGAGACCUUCGCUAAGAACCGGGAGCUGGAGGUAAUCCACUCACGGUGGGCCAUGCUGGGCGCACUGGGCUGCGUGUUCCCGGAGCUCUUGGCUCGCAACGGCGUCAAGUUCGGCGAGGCGGUGUGGUUCAAGGCCGGGUCCCAGAUCUUCAGCGAGGGUGGGCUCGAUUAUUUGGGCAACCCGAACUUGAUCCACGCUCAGAGCAUCCUGGCUAUAUGGGCUGUUCAGGUUGUCCUCAUGGGCGCUGUUGAGGGGUAUCGCAUUGCGGGCGGGCCUCUGGGCGAGAUAACUGACCCGCUAUACCCUGGCAAUAGCUUUGACCCGCUGGGUUUGGCUGAUGAUCCAGAAGCCUUUGCUGAGCUGAAGGUGAAGGAGCUUAAGAACGGAAGGCUGGCAAUGUUCUCUAUGUUUGGAUUUUUCGUGCAGGCCAUUGUGACCGGCAAGGGACCUCUGGAGAACCUGGCCGACCACCUCGCUGACCCGGUGAACAAUAAUGCUUGGGCCUAUGCCACCAACUUCGUUCCUGGAAAGUGAGGAUUUUAAUUGCCUCUCGUC